GGCUCUAUGAUGGAGGAUCUGGUGGGACUUCGUGAAGGGGCUUCAGGGAAUCCUGUGGCCUUGCAGGAGCUAUGGGGUCCCUGCCCCAGGGCCCAACGCCAAAUCAGAGGCUUCCUGGAGAGAGUGAGGAGACAUCUGUUCCGGGUGGGUGAAGACUGGUAUUUCUUGGUUGGCCUAGGAGUGCUUAUGGCUAUCAUCAGCUUCACCAUGAACUUUGCUGCCUCCAGGGUUGUCCGUGCACACAUGUGGCUGUAUCGAGAAAUCGGGGACAACCAUCUUCUCCGCUACCUGUCUUGGACUGUGUAUCCCAUAGCCUUGGUCUCCUUCUCCACUGGCUUUUCCCAGAGCAUCACCCCCUUCUCUGGAGGCUCUGGAAUCUCAGAACUGAAGGUCAUUUUAUCUGGUGUAGUUCUGGAGGAUUACUUGGACAUCAAGAACUUUGGGGCUAAAGUAGUGGGCCUCACGUGCGCUCUGGCCUCUGGCAGCACCAUAUUUCUUGGCAAAGUGGGCCCCUUCACACAUAUUUGCUGCAUGCUUGCUGCCUACAUGGGCAGGGUUCGAGUUUCAGCCCUUGGAGAGUAUGAGAACAAGAUCAAGCAGAAUGAGCUGUUGGUGGCUGGAGCAGCAGUGGGGGUGGCCACUGUCUUUGGGGCGCCCAUCAGUGGGGUCCUGUUCAGCAUUGAGGUCAUGUCCUCCCACUUUGCUGUCUGGGAUUACUGGAGAGGCUUUUUCUCCUCGGUCUGUGGAGCCUUCAUGUUUCGGCUCCUGGCUGUCUUCAACAGUGAGCAAGAGACCAUCACCUCCCUCUUUAAGACUCGAUUCCGAGUAGAUAUACCCUUUGACCUACCAGAAAUCUUCUUCUUUGUACUGCUUGGGUUUGUCUGUGGGAUUGUGAGCUGUGCCUACCUCUAUGGCCAUCGCCGUUUUGUAUUGUUCAUUCGAACAAACUGGAUCACCAAAAAACUGCUAUCAACAGACAAGCCUGUGUACUCAGCCCUGGUGGCCCUGCUUCUAGCCUCCAUCACCUAUCCACACAGCCUGGGAAGAUUCAUGGCCUCCAGGUUGUCUAUGAAUUUGUACCUGGAUUCCCUGUUUGACAACCAAUCCUGGGCUCUGCUCUCCCGGAAUUCCUCCCCUGAAUGGCCUCCAGAAGUGGACCCCAACAACCUAUGGUUUGAGUGGUACCAUCCCCAGUUUACCAUCUUUGGCACACUCACCUUCUUCCUGGCCAUGAAGUUUUGGAUGUUGCUCCUCGCCACCACAAUACCCAUGCCAGCUGGAUAUUUCCUGCCUGUAUUUGUCUAUGGGGCUGCCAUGGGACGGAUUUUUGGUGAGAUCCUAGCUGUCAUCUUCCCAGAGGGCAUCAAGACAGAUGAUGGGGUCAUCAAUACCAUCAUCCCUGGCGCAUAUGCCCUGGCAGGAGCUGCUGCCUUCUCAGGAGCAGUGACUCACACCAUCUCCACGGCCCUGCUGGCCUUUGAACUGACAGGCCAGUUUGUCCAUGUGCUUCCUGUACUGAUGGCUGUGCUGGCAGCCAAUGCUGUGUGUCAAAACUGCCAGCCCUCCUUCUAUGAUAAUGGCAUCAUCCUGAAGAAGCUUCCCUACCUGCCCUGGGUCCUAGGCCGCAAACUCAACUCCCACUGGGUGACUGCUGAGCUCUUCAUGAACCCAAACAUCACCACCCUGGCCAAAGAUUCCUCCAUGGAUGAGGUGAUCCAAACGGUGACCUCCACAGAAGCUGUUGAAUACCCCCUGGUGGAGAGUGCAGAAUCCCAGCUCUUGGUGGGCAUCAUACAUAGGGACCAGCUGCUGCCAUUCCUCCAGGCAGAGCCGACCAUCCAGGUACCCAGACACCAGUGUCGUCUUCAUGAGGUCCUGGCCGGGGGCUGCCCCAUGCAACCUGUAACCCUACAGGUGUCACCCCAGACUUCCCUACACCAGAUACACAACCUCUUUGAACUCUUGAAAAUGCAGAGGAUCUUGGUGACAUCGAUGGGCCGAGUGGUGGGCUUCAUCUCCCGGGUGGAGCUGAAGAGGGCCAUUGCUGACCUGGUGAACCCCCCAGCUCCUAAAUAA